AUGGCAGACAAGUACAGUGACAUUCUUGGAGCCGGUACUCUACCCAUUGGCCCAAAAAAAGUGGGCGUCUGGUCAAGCCUCUCAUUUACCACCAAAUCUACUCUCAUUCUCCUCCUUUUACUCGCCUCCUACGUUACCUUCGGUCGCCUUUGGGGAGCCUUCUGGAAAUGGCGGGAAAGGGAAUACAAGCUUUCAAUGAGAAGGAAGUACGGAAUUCCUGAUAAUGACCACCGUCCCUUCAACGUCGCAUAUGCUGCUGCACAGCUAGCUCGGGAACAGAGGGCGAAGAGGCGAAGCACAGUACAGCCCCCAGUUCAAACCUCAUCUUCUCGGGAUCAAAGGGAUGCAUACUCUGAUUCAAUCCGACAUCGUCCUGCCUCUCAAAAUCACCCUGGACCCAUAUCAGAAGAUAAGUCUUAUCUUGCAACUGGAAGAAACUCACCUCACUUGAGCCAUUACAACGAUCACCAUUAUUCCUACAACCGUGUUACGUUUGCCGACGGCUACAAUACCAGUGCCUCUCCUCUGGAUGUACAUGCAGAACUUGCUCCCAUGUCGCCUUCGACGCGACGCCUAAGCGAUCGGAAGAACCUCGGCAUUCUCAAAAGUAGCAAUCAUAAAUACUUCGAGGUUGAUCAAAGAAAGCGUGCUUUGGGUGGGGAUGAUCUAGACGAACAAGUUGAUUCGAAGAAGAGUCGUGUCGAAGGAGAGGAGCUUAUAGAUGGAGAUGAGGAACCUGAAUGGCAAACUAAUGCUCACGGUCGUGUACCGUCAGUGUACCCCAGAGGUUCCAAAAGAGAAUUUGAUCAAGGGGAUGUUCGAGAAAGGGAUAAACGACAGCGAAAAAUAUCAGCUGAAAAGAUGGAGGUUGAUGAAGAUGCAGAUGUCGUUGGAGAUCUUGUCAGCGUGUCUCCUUCCCGUGGCAGAAAGAGAGAUCGUACGGAGGCAGGAUCAACGUUUGGUGGCGACGAUGACGAGAAUGUACCACUAGACGAAGACCACGACAACAGGUCUAGACAUAGAAAAAGGAGGAAUAAACGAACUUCAGAUGCCCAUUCAGGUAGCAGAAAAAGGGACAGGGAUCUGUACGACACUGGUGAUUUUAGUGACUCCAAUGAGGACUCUGUUGGCAGUCGAGGCGUGAAGAAGAAAGGCAAGAAAUACCAGCAACGAGGUGAAGAUGAGAAAGGGAGUGAUGUGUCCAUGGAUGAAUCGCAGCUUGUUCGCCCCACGAUCAAGGGAAGGAAAAUAGGCGAGGAAUGGACAAGUAACGGAAUUAAAUAUAAGAUUGGCCCUAAUGGACAGCGACUCAGAGAGACCCUUCUGAAGAAGGCGAAGCAGAGAUUUGUUAUGCCUGAGGACUCGAUGCACCCAGAUCGGAAUGCCUUUCACGAUGUUUACGUAGAGGCUUGGCUCACGGACGAAGAGUACCAGAAUUUUGCUGCUCAAGGGAUCAUCUAUGAGCCACCCAAAGAGUUGGAGACUCCGUCUUCUACUUCUAAUAACAGUCCCAGGUCCACACCUCCUAUAUCCAAAGGGAAGCACCUCUUGUGGGAAUCUACAAUUACACAUCCUCCCACACCUCCACUCGCCAAUCCUUUUGAAACGGCACGGAAGACUCCUGAAAUUCCAUCAAACGCGCUUAUAUCCCGUUCUGUAGGUGCUCAAAUGGCGUAUCCAAAGAACGGGCGAAUUGCCUCUGCCUUUCGUGGUUCCGCCAAUGUGGACUCGACAACCGGGCUUCCUCCCAGUCUGGCGGAUAGUACGAACAGCCUUUCAAGCCCUCGUGCCUACAGGCAAUAUUCGAAAUGGGAAAAACAGGACUUGGAAGCUCAGGCGAUGAUGCGUAUGAGGGAAGCAAACAAUAAAAAAAAGGAGGAAGAAGACAAGCUGGCACACGAGAAGAAAGAGCAGGAAGCUCGGGUCAAAACUGCCAUAACUCCUGCCCCCACAGUACCGACGAUAUCUUUCACGAAGCCUCCCGAAGACCACGCGAAGGAAGAAGCGUCCAGGAGUGUAACUGCGCCACUUUUCUCGUCGGGUGGCAGUGUACCCACCCCUUCCACCAGUACUCCUAUUUUCUCAGGUACUGUUCCCAAAUCAUUAGGUGCCCCCGCACCUGCUGGUAGUGAUAACACGUCGCCAUCAGUUGUUGAUAACAAACCAAAGGCAUCUUCACCGCUGUCGCUCUCAUUUGCGCCCUCAUCUCCAAAUACGAGUUCUUCGACUACCAAUGCGGUCUCUGCAACAACCUCCGGGCUCCAAACGUCCUCGGCACCAUCUGGCAAAUCACAGGAAGCUAACGCUGCAAAACCUGCAACACCUGUCGGGUUCUCCUUCGCCCAACCUCCAUCGUUGUCCAACAAAUCUCAGGAGGGGCCGAAGCUAAUAGGCCUGGGAUUCCCAUCGUCUGCUACCCAGCCACAAGUUCAACCCGCGAACAGUCCCUUCGCUCCACCUGCCACCUCUGUUACCGUGAACCCUGCUGCGGCUAGCACGACUACACCCAAGUUCAACUUCGGCUUGCCUGCCAAACCAGCCGUUCCACUCGGAGCUGAAUCGAAGGAAACUACGCCGAACACAGGUGGCGGUUUUGUAAAUCCUUUGUUAGCACGUCUCUCGCCCGCUAGCGCCAGCACAGAUAGCAAUACCAAACCGCAGAAUACAUCCACACAGGGAUCACAGCCGACUCCUUCUGCUUCCACGACACCCAUAUUCUCAUUGACAAGGCCCGCCCCUCCAUCAUCUGCACCCUCCGCACCCUCUUACCUAUCGAACGCACCUACGACUCGAGGGCAGCAGCUAUCGGAAACGCAAACCCAACAAGCGACACCGCCAUCAUCCUCGUCGGGAUCUUCUGCACCUGCACCUUUGAAGUUUACCUUCGGUGGCUUCAAAGGUCCUACGACCAACAUUACGUCUAUACCUUCCACCACCUCAGCGCCUGCGAAUAACUCGUCUGCUGCCACCGCUGAGUCCAAGUCCUCUACUCAGAACCUUUCUGCGUUUUCUAAACAGCCGGAAGGUCGUAAUAAUACUUCGGCCACAAGUGUGCCUAAGUUUAGCUUCGGUACGCCUACAGGCUCUAACAGUGGUGCUGCAACGGCAAGUACAGGCGGAACAUUCUCGUUUGGAGGAUUUGGGGGCACGUCGUCUAACGGAACAACGAAAGGGUCACCCUCACCAUUUGGUUCUACAUUUGGUGCCGCCGCCACACCUCCUGCUACCAUUGCCACAGAAACGAAGGAACAACCGACGGCGCCUUCAUCUUUCGGGACAGGUAUGACGGGGUCGGUGUAUGGCAAUAGCACUGCACCAAGUGCGUUCGGAUCUGGGUCCGGGUCCAGUACAUCAAGUCCGUUUGCGUCAUCGAAUAUCUUCGGUUCGAAAGUUGAUGUUACUCCUACAACGAAAAACGAUGGUGCUACCCGCCCAUCGGCGUUCGGGAAUGCUGGCAAUACUUUUAAUGGGUUUGGAGCAUUUGGAAGUAAAGCCCCGGACUCUACUAGCACCGUUGCUGCACCGAAGGCAGCAUUUGUUGGGUUUGGAGGUACAUCUGCUACCGCUUCUAACGGGACCAUAUCUACUCCCACAGCUACAACAUCCUCACCUUUCGGUGGAAGUGGUUUUGGUGCUUCAUCCAUGCCAGGGUCCAUUGCAUUCGGAUCUUCAUCGAAAACGGGAGAAGCUCCUAAAUUUUCAUUUGGAGGUGCCAAUACCACUGUACCUCCCGGGAAAUCGGACACCACAGCAAGAACCACAUUCGGAGGUUCAACCACAUCCUCAGAGACCCCUGUUAAAUCACCGUUUUCAUUUGGUGCUCCUCCAAAUACGUCAGGCGGUUCGACUGGUGGUACCUUUCCCUUUGGGAGUAGCUCUUCUUCCUCUCCCUUUGGAGGCGCUACUGGCACUGCUCCCGCAUUUGGCACCUUUGGUGGAAAUAAUUCCACGACGAAUUCGACAACCCCCAGUUCUUUCUCCUUCGGCAAUACUCCAUCUUCGACUCAGUCCAAUUAA